AUGCAGCGAAUGUUUAUAUCCCAACUGUGCAUACUACCACCCCUGUUCCAGACGAAGCACUCCGGCUUUUUUGGAGCUCGCCUGCCCAGCCACGCUGCCCGUGCUCCACGAGCCAGCUCGGGCACCGCCUCGCCCCUCACAACAUGCGUGGCGGCCACGCCCUCGGCCCCGCCCCAGGCGCGGGACCGCUGGAACAUCACGUACUACCCCAAGGGGGCUGACGCAGCGGCGUUGCAGAAGCAGUGGUACAUCAUCGACGCCGAGGGCCAGACCUUGGGCCGCCUGGCCACGCUGGCGGCCACGCACAUUCGCGGGAAGAACAGCCCCGCCUACUCCCCGUCCAUGGACAUGGGGGGUUACGUCAUCGUCAUCAAUGCAGAAAAGGUGGCCGUGACGGGGCGCAAGGAGACAGACAAGACCUACUUCCGCCACGCCGUCGGCCGACCGGGGAGCUGGACGGUGGAGACGCUGCGGGACCUGCGCAAGGUCAGCGAUGAGGAAUGGCGCAUCCCGGAGCGGAUCCUGGAAAAGGCGAUCCGCGGGAUGCUGCCCAAGGGCAAGCUUGGGAAUCACCUGUUCAGGCACCUCAAGGUUUACAAGGGCGCCAGCCACCCACACGUGGCUCAGACGCCCACGGACAUCACCCGCCACAUCAACCUGAGACCCUCGGAGGUGGCUGCCCUGAAGGAGUGA